AUGUUGCCACCAAGUAUUUUAACCUUAUCUACUAUUUCUCUAGCAGAAGUAUAUUUAAAAGAAACGUUUACUGAUGCAGAGUGGGAAAAGCGUUGGAUACAAUCUAAACAUCAAGAUAAUCUUGGAAAUUUCACAGUAUCCUCAGGAAAAUUUUAUGCCGAUGAAAUAGAAUCUCGUGGAUUAAAAACUUCACAAAAUGAAAAAUUUUAUGCAAUUUCGAGUAAAUUCGACAAAACAAUUGAUAAUUCUGAUAAAAAUCUUGUUGUUCAAUUUUCGGUUAAACAUGAACAGGGUAUCGAUUGUGGUGGAGGUUAUGUCAAGCUUUUGCCACCCGACUUUGAUGCCCUUGAUUUCAAAGGAGAAUCUCCGUAUAAUAUCAUGUUUGGACCCGAUAUUUGUGGAGGAACUAGAAAAGUUCACGUAAUUUUAAAUUAUGAUAAUGAGAAUAAACAAAUUAAGAAACAAAUUAAUGCUCCUUCAGAUCAAUUAACGCAUUUAUAUACUUUUAUAUUAAAACCUGAUCAAACUUAUGAGGUAUUGAUUGAUGAUAAAGAAGAAGCUUCUGGAAAAUUAGAGGAAGAUUUUGAUUUAAUUCCUCCAAAGGAUAUUAUCGAUCCGGAUGCAAAGAAACCUGAAGAUUGGGUUGAUGAGGCAAAAAUUCCAGAUCCUGAUGAUAAAAAACCAGAUGAUUGGAAAGAUGUUCCACCAACAAUUCCUGAUCCUGAAGCAGAAAAACCAAACGACUGGGAUGAUGAUAUGGACGGAGAAUGGGAACCACCACACAUACCAAAUCCAGAAUAUCAAGGAGAAUGGAAACCAAAAAUGAUUGAUAAUCCAAAUUAUAAAGGUCCAUGGAAUGCACCAUUAAUACCAAAUCCUGCAUAUAAAGAAGAUAAAUUACUUCACGCGUAUAAGACUUCUUACAUCGGUUUUGAUUUGUGGCAAGUUAAAAGUGGUACAAUAUUUGAUAAUAUUUUAAUUACUGAUGAUAUUGAAGAAGCCAAAAAAUUUUCAAACGAAACUUUUAUAAAGUAUCGUGAUGCAGAAUUAGAGGCUAAAAGAAAAUUAGAUGAAUUAGAAACCAAGGAGACAACUUCAAAAAAGAUUCAACCUGAUGGUCAAGUUCAAGUAACAACGCCUGAUCCCGCAAACGAUUUACCACAAGAACCAAAAAUUGUUCAAGAUACACAAAAACAAAUACCAAUUCAAGAAGAAAAAUCUACCAAAGACGAAAAUGAUAAACUCUCUGAUGAUAAAAAACAAAAUGAAGAACUUGAGGCAGAAAAAGAAAGUGAUGAUAAAAAACCAACCAGAGAUGAAUUAUAA